ACUGAGACGAUGGCCACUGCUGUACCUGUAGAGUUAAGGAAGAGGUUGACUUGUGCUGUUUGCAUGGAACAGUUUAAGGAACCAAAGGUUCUGCCAUGUCUUCACACUUACUGUAAAAAAUGCCUGGAAAAGCUGGUGAAAAAACAAGGAUCUGACCAGGUGAUAACUUGCCCUGAGUGCAGGCAGGAUGUGAAAGUAAGUUUCAAAUGAACUUCAAUCUGUAAAAACAACUUUUCAUUCACUCUAGUGGAAAAUUACAUGAUUGUUUCCAUACAUGGUUACUUCCAAGCCGCACGUUAAUUACAGUGCUACCAACGGUUAGUUGCUUCACACUUGAAAAAUGUAAUGACUGUCUUUUGACAGAUAGGGUCUGUUUAGCCGAAAUUUUUUUUUUUUUUUAUCAGGUGUUCUUUUUUUGUUGACUUGUUUGACAAGCUCUGUUACAAGUAGACUGAUUUUACUGAUAUUCAGGCUGUCAAAUCUAAAACUGCAGACUGUUAUCAGUCAUAUACCGUCUUGACUUCGCUUACUAUAAGGCAGCAUGGAUAGGCUGAUUAAAAACAUUCCUGCUUGUAACCACUCCCUCAAAUUCCCAGUACAAUGAAUAGCCCCCCUUCCUUCACAAACCUCCAAAACUCCUUAGUCCCUUCCAAAAACUCGACCACGCGACAUAGAGCCUCAGCCUAGUCCCUAGACGUUUUUGGCUCGGUCAAUCCUGGACUCUACUGUGAGCUGCAAGAGAGAACGUCUGGAGACUACCUUAAUUGCUAUUAAUCAUCACGAGUGUUUGUAUGUUGGCUUAAAAUAUAUGACGAUUAGAAGUCAAGACAUUUCCUGUUUUUUGUUGUUAGAUCGACGAUGGAAACGUCGGAAGUCUGCAAUCAAAUUUCUGGGUGAACAAUUUCAUGACAUUAUUGAGCAUUCAAAAACGCGUCACAUCAACUGGAAAGCCCUUGGUCUGUGAGCACUGCAACAGUGGUGACUCAGCUGUUUCACGUUGUACAAAUUGUAAAGUUUUCAUGUGUGAGUAUUGUGUAACAGCGCAUAAAAGAAUCAAUGCAUUUCUUGGCCAUCAGAUUUUGUCACUAGCUGAAGUAAAAAAUCUUGGAUCAAAGGCCCUUGCCAAGCCAGCUUUUUGUACAAAGCAUACUGAUGAAGUAUUGAAACUCUAUUGUGACACCUGCCAGAAAACCAUCUGUCGUGACUGCACCAUUGUUGAUCAUCGAGAUCACAAGUACAACUUUGUAGCAGAUGUUGCUGAAAGAGAAAGAAAAGCUGUUGAAGCCGUUCUUCAACAAACCAAAGCCAAGGAUGUUACUGUUGAAGAGGGAUUGAAAGCAGUGAAAGCCAUGGAAACUCGCGUUGAAGCAAAGAUUGCCAGGGUGAACAAAGAUGUAGAUGUGUUUUUCGAUGAGCAGGUAAAGGCAUUAGAGGAAAUGCGCGCAAACUUAAAGCUUGAAGUGAAAACACAAGGCCAAGCCAAGCUCAAGGCACUUAGCAACCAAGAGGAAAUGCUCGCAUUAUCACUGGCACAGCUACGAAAUAGUGCUGAUUUUGCAGAAAAAGCGUUAAAAGAUGGAAAUGACUUGGAGCUCUUGUCUAUCAAGCAACAACUCAUUCAACGUCUUGCUCAGCUCAAUGCAUCACAAUUCCAUUGCAAACCCUGCAACAGUGACUACCUCAAACUUAAGAUGAACAAAAGAAUAUCGGAAAUCGGAGAAAUGAUGACGCUAGCUCAUGCACCAGACACUUCAAAGUGUGUGCUAAGUAUGGUGGGUUGUGAGGAAGGUGUCUUGUAUCGGACAUUUGCUGGGCAGCCUGUGGAUUUCAAGUUUGCCAUUGUAGGUGGUACUUCAGUCAAGGAAGCAGAGACUGGUUCCAUGGUUCGUGCUUCAGUGAAGAGGGAAGAUCAACAACAGAGUCAAGACCUUCCUGUACGUGACAAAGGUGAUGGGUCGUAUUUCUUCUCCUAUCAACCACAGACUCCUGGAAUCUGUACCCUGUCAGUGACAGUUGAAGGGGAGAGCGUGCAUGGUAGUCCUUUCACCUUGGAGGGCGUUCAAGAAAUAAAGGGUCCAAAUGAGCUUACAAAUUUUUUCGACAGUCAAAGAAAAACUAGCAAAAAAAUGCAUAGUUGGAAAUUAAAGUACUUAGGAAGUACCCCUGAAAAUUCUAAAGUUGAAAUUGGAGUUUACUAUGACAACAAUUACUAUGGUUAUACUCAUAGGUACACCUGGUGCCGUCAAAACAAUGUGUAUACGACAUGUCGAGGUAGGAACUCAUCGGGUAAUCAAGCAUCAAUAACUUCUUUGGAAAACAACGACAUCCUCUCAUUUUAUCUGAAUCUAACUGUAUACAAACUCGUUAUUUACAAUCAUAGAAGUGAACAAUCGGAAAUAUUUACUUUUGCUGAUUAUGACGAUCGGAGUAAGUAUACAUCAAAUUUUGGUAUCAUCAUUACACCUUACAAACCUAUCAAUCCAUCUCAAGGUGGUUUUACUUUUGCCAUCGAGUAG